UACGAAAAGGACUUAAAUUUCGAAAGAAAAAAAAAUCACCUGCAAAUUUAUUCAAACUUUGAAUAUUUUUCGCAUAGACAAAUCGGAGCUUAUAAAUAAUUGAUGAUUGAAUAAAAAAAAAAUUAAAAUAAAUAAAGCGGAAAAAAAAUCCCAUUUGUGGAGAAACUGAACCACUGACAGCUUCUUGAUGUAAAUUUUGUGGCCAACGGAGAAAAUUCUAAAAAUUAGUGAUAAGAAAUUGCAAACCGUGAUCAUGAACUUAAGUUGCGUAUAUCUGUUUACGUGGAAUUGUGAAAUUGUGUUCAAUUCACAGAAAUUGGUGAAAAGACGUUAAAUCCGAAAAUCGUAUCGCUUCCUCUUUCCUUGGACAUUUUCAACAUUACGCUGGAAAAAGGCAAACUCUCAAAGGACUAAGACUUGAAAAACUUACCAAUCUAACGAAAAAAGUGCUUUAAAGUACUGUGAUUUAAGCUGUGUUCAAAAAAAAAACUAUUUCUUAAAAAAAUUCGAAAAAAGCAAAGCAACUUGCCCGACAGAUCUUUCAUUUAUUCGUUCAAACUACGAAAAAAAUAAAAAAAAAAUUCCAAUAAAAUUGAUAUUAAAACAAAAUAAAUUAAUAAACAAAUAUAUAGAGAAACACACACAAAGGCGAUACAGAGAAAGAAACACGAUUAUCACCAAUACCAACGACGACAACGACGACGACGCAUCGAAAGACGAGCAGACGAGUGAAGUGUCGACGACGAUAACAAACAAAAGUUUUAUUUUGUUCGAACGUCGGAUCUUUGAACCUUCAACGCUUCUGUUUUGCUUUUUUUUUGCUGCUGAAACUAGGACACAAUCCCAUUUCCCGGCAUGAAUAUGACAGCGACUUAUGAAACACCUUGGCUUAACUCCUACUUGGUCGAUGAAACGAUCCCGCCCGCAGGUCCCAUCAACCUUCAACCGAUCGAAAAUACGCAGGAAUUGUUGCAGGAGUUCAACAACGUCUACAAUGCCGUGCAUUACACGAAUCUGGUGCGUCCCCCAUGCACCAAUAACGCGGCAAAUUUCAAUCAGGGCGAGUUCAUUGACAAUUCCGGUCAAUAUCCGACCUACAAUUUCGAGCAACAACUUCCCGUGCCCGUGAUCCAGCACAAUAACGCGACUUUUUACAACAACAACAACGACCUGCAGUUCAUGGACGAGAUCCUUCGUGCACGUUGCGACCAAUGGAUCACCAACGAGUUUGAUAAUUCUUCGUCCUGCGCAUCUUCGGCUUAUUCUUCGGCACUUUCGCCAGCUGCAAGUGACUUGGAAUCGUCUUAUAAUGGCUCCACGGGGUCCAAUGACGAGGAUUUUGAGUAUUUUGGAAGUCGUCGCAUGAAACCUUAUGACCGUGAAAGCAGCGACGGCGGCGAAGGAGGCAAACAUUUUCGCAAAAAGGACCAAAAUAAGAACGCGGCACGCAAAUAUCGCCAGAAAAAGAAGCAAGAAGUCGAGGAAAUUCUCGUGGAGGAGAAACAAUUGACGGAAAUUCAUGACAAAUUGGCAAAGGAAUAUGGAGAAAUUAAACGCGAAGUCAAAUACUUGAAAGGCUUGAUGCGGGAUUUGUUCAAGUCGAAAGGCGUCAUUGAGUAGAAAAAUUAAAAAUCCCCAAAAACUCUCGAAAUUUUUUUCAAUUCUCAUAAAAAAAAAAGAUUUUUU